AUCCGCGUCAUAGCAUUGGCAUUUGGCAUCGUACGAUUUGUGUCAUUUGCAAUUUUGUAAAUUAUUUUCGGUUUGAAAUAUUUCUCCAACAAAAUAUUGUUAUUCAAGUGCAGAAUGUGUGUAACAAAACAAAAAUGAUUAAAUUCUAAGCCAGCUACGAGGCGAAAUGUCGAAGGCUGUAGUUAUACCGGAGUGUAACAAGGAUAUUGGGGGAAUCAAGGAGGAGAUUCGUCUUUCACCUAGCGAUAAAAAAAAUGGCGCUAUUGCCGUGUUUAGUAGAUUCCUUGGCUUCGACUCACUUGGGCGUAAACAGAGUUCCCAACUAAGUCCUACGUCCAAGGAGCCAGCAGUGACUUACUAUGGAGUUUACAUACCUUGCGAGAUCAAAAAAGGCCCCGAUGAAGAAGCCCUGCAUGUUUAUGAGAACAAAACAGAAGCAUUGGAACUUGUGCGUAGGUACAAGACGGCAAGGUUCAAAGCUUUUCGCAAACGGCAGGAUGCUGUGUCGUUUGCUCUCCGAGGGGCAGAGCCAGUCGAAACUCAUGAAGGAAAUGGAAACUCGAUAAUGAGCGAGAAGCCGUACCCCUUCAAGGCGCCGUCCCCUCAGGAUAUGGUGGCGCUGCGGAAGGCGAUAGAAGGGGGGAUGGUGGGCACAGUCCGCGACCGUAUAUGGGACAACCCGCGGUACCUGGUCAGCAGUGGGAACACGCCGGCUAUAGUCCAGGAAGGUUCCCGGUACAACGCGUUGCACGUGGCCGCUAAGUCAGCGAACGCCGAGGUGUGCAACCUGCUGCUCACCACCGUCGGCAACCCGGCCUUCGUGCAGACGCUGUCCGGCUCCGACGCGGACGCUGACUUCUGCAAGGAAUUCGCGGGCAUCCUCCUGGACAGAUACCUGAAUACACCCGACAAGGCGAUGAACGAGACGCCACUUCACUUUGCAGCCAAAUACGGCGCAGAGGGAGUUGUCGACGUGCUCACGUCGUUCCCGCAGUGCAAUAGGCAUGCCACCAACAAGUACGGAGAGACGCCUCACGACGUAAUCUGCAGCCGAUCAUCAUCAUCACCAGAGGUCAUCCGUCGCAUCCGAGCGAUGCUGCAGGAUCGCUACUAUGUGCCCGUGCUACACAUAGAGGACGACAGCGGAGCGCCCACCAUAGGCAGCCCCUUCUCUCCCACCAGGCCACCGGAAUUAAACUCAGAUCCGUUAUCACCGCGCUGCGAAAUACGCGCUUUCGCCGGGCCUAUGGACGCGAGCGACGCUGAGUCCUUCCGUAGACGGUGGAAGACGCCCCCCAGGUCUGCCAGACCUGCCUUCCGACUGAAGGAGAUGACUAAGGGAUUGGAGACUGUUGGCAGGAAUUUAGCAGAGCAAAUGAGCGUCGGCUGGAAAGAGUACUGGCCGUUCUUGGACACAUUCACAGACCUUCGAUCGCCUGAGGGUCUACAACUGUUUGAGGAUUAUCUCAAGGCCAAAUACGAGACUGCAUGCUCAUUUGUAUACAGUGACAGCGUGAACCAAUCUCAACAGUCAACCGAAGAGUUAUCUCUCUCAAGAAUCAGCUUGGGCAACUUAUCUCACAACAGCCCAGCUCCAGAGCAAAUUUUAAGUCCCAUCUCAGAACUAUGUGUUGCGAUGAAGACUUGCAAAAUAACAGACAGGCCCUCACAUUGGGGGAAAACCGACCCAAUAAGACAACGUCUAUGCAGACAGCCGAACCCUAAACCAGUUGUGACCAACGGUGAAUCUACACCGAUGAACCAUACAGUCAGCCAGUUACUGUGUAUAGAACGUACCUGCCAGGUCUUUGCUAAACGAAUAGCAGAUGCAUUGACAUUCUCUCUGACAGCCGAACCCGAAGUGGCUGGGGAGUCGUUGAAAUCUGAAGCGAAACAUUUGCAGCACACAAUGUAUUCGUACAUGGACGAUGAAAGAUUCCACGAAAUAAACUUUGCAUUGAUACAUUCUCGUUUGGCGCAAUUAGUGGUUUUUAAAUUGAAACAGCAAACAAAAGACUUGGACGAUAUAAACAAUCUUGUAGAAUUUCUUGUGAAGCUUCGGUGUCCGAAUGAUGAUAUAUUCAGUUCUGAUGAUGAGAGGAAACCGUUCACAUAUAGAACUAAUAGAGUUAAGAUAAACAAUGUCAUAGAUAGUCACGUUAGGUGUUUAGCUAGUUUCUUGUGUGAGGAGUUGACGGAAUCUGAUGUGAUGAAGGGACCAGCUGUCUCCGAGUUGGAGUGUGGUGAUUUAUGGGAGAAGGCGAGCAAAUGUCGAUGCGAUUGGAGGAUAGAGUUCUAUGAGAGGAACAGCAAAAAGAAUGCUUCGUUCAGGAGGAACAGGUCGAUACUGUCCACCAGUCCAACGAAUUCCAGUUUUAUUCGGAGGCUCGCUUUUGACCAUGACAUUGGUGACAGCAAACAACACGCAGAGAGCGAGAAGCCGGUUAGUGUGAACUCACCCGCAGGCGACAGCGCACUCGCCUACAGCGUCGAUGUGGCCAAGUGUCAAGUCGUGGAGGCAGAGAUAUCAGACGACGAGUCCGCGGCCUCAUGUCAGUCGGAGGGCGAGGAGGCCUACGAGACGGCCUCCGAGGAGCCCUCCAAGGACUCCGACGUGGAACUAAUGCAGGAUGCCAGUGACCGGGCCUUGACGGAACCCUUUAUAUACGGUGAGGAGCCCACUAAAAUGGAUCGCUUAGUGUUCGAGGCGCUGUCGGAGUGUCGGAUAACGCCCGACGCCUUCCCCAACAUCUUCCGCUGGAGGCACACGGUGUCACUAUACUCGCCCUCCGAAAGAGACAGAUGGCAAGCGCCUGCAAGUUUGGACGAUAGCACGUCCGUGUCGUGGUCAGUAGGCGAGAGUCCCCGCGUGUGCCGAGUCCGGCACCGCUGCAGCACGCCGCACAAGGACUCGCCGGUCCCGCGGGACUCGCGGACCGACAGGACUCUACCCCUGCAGGUGUGUUUGUGUGUAAGUGUAGACGAUAGCACGGUCGUGUCGUGGUCAGUAGGCAAGAGUCCCCGCGUGUGCCGAGUCCGGCACCGCUGCAGCACGCCGCACAAGGACUCGCCGGUCCCGCGGGACUCGCGGACCGACAGGACUCUA